UUUCUUCUAUUCAUGCUUUGUGUCAAAGCAAUCAAUAGGUUGGGAAGGAUUUACUUUUAACCAUCUCGAUCACCCCAGAUAAUAAAUUUUUUCCUCUGAAAAUAUUUGACGCCCUCAAUAUCCAAUGCCCAAACUCAACUUAUAAUGAGUUUUUGUCAACUCAAAUUUCCCCAAUCAUUAUUAUAAAAGAGCCCCACAUGUAUGCUUGGAGGCGCCUGUACCCUUAACCUCUCCUCCUCUCCUUCUCCAUAAUCAUAAGAUCAACAACAGCAUACAUGGAAGGGGAGAUGCGCAACUACGCUAUAGUAUGGCUUCAAGUCCUGAUUUCUGCAUCUUUUAUCUUUUUCAUAGCAAAGAAACUCCCAAAAGGUCUUAAAAGAUUAAUUUCUGUACUCCCAAUUGUGUGCUUAUUUCUCUAUCUCCCUCUCAAUCUCCAUACCGCCCAUCUUGGUGGCGGCAUGGGAUUCAUCGUCUCUUGGCUUGCUAAUUUCAAGCUCCUGCUCUUUGCAUUUGAUAAGGGUCCGUUAUCCAAUCCAAGAUUGUCUCUUGGAAGCUUUGUUGCUCUCACUUGUCUACCCAUCAAGAUCCAACAAAAUCCACCUCCUCAAAACUCCCAUAAAUCCCAGAAAUCUCCUCUCAAUUAUGCAAUCAAGAUUCUAAUUUUUGGACUGGUCUUGUGUUCUUAUGAGUAUGGUGAUUAUAUGCAUCAAAACGUCGUCGCAUUUCUCAACUAUCUCCAUUUGUACCUUAGCCUGGAUAUGGGGUUAGCCGUUUUAGCCGCGCUGGCUCGAGCCACGCUGGGGUUAGAGCUGGAGCCGCAGUUCAACGAGCCGUACCUAUCCAGCUCACUACAAGACUUUUGGGGAAGACGAUGGAAUUUAAUGGUAUCGCGUACUCUACGACCGACGGUAUACGAACCGACACGUGAUUUGGCGACACGAUUCGUGUCUCGCAAGUGGGCCGCACUGCCUGCGGUGUUCAUGACGUUCGUCGUGUCUGCGGUGAUGCACGAGCUCAUGCUGUAUUACUUGGCGCGUGGUGUGCCUUCGUUGGACUUCGGUCUGUUCUUCGUCCUUCACGGGCUGGGUGUGGUGGUUGAGAUUGCUUUGAAGAAGGCGUUCGCCGACAGGUGCCGGUUGCCGUGGAUGAUAUCGGGGCCUUUGACGCUUGGAUUUGCGAUGGUUACCGGCUGUUGGCUGUUCCUUCCGCCUUUGCGGCAGUGCAACCAAUUUGAACGAAUGGCUGAAGAGUACGUCAUCGUUGGCGCGUGGAUAAAAAAAGUAUUGAAGUCCGCCAUUAAUUUUCAGUAAUGUCAGCUGGUCAUAUACAUAUGAGAGUUUAAAUCUCUUAAAUAAAAUUUUAAAACAUUUUAACUUUUAAAAUGAAUGUUAAAUUUUUAAAAAAUUAUAU